AUGAAGUUGUUACAUCUUUUAAUCGUUGUGAUUAUUACUAAAGAAGUUUUCUCUGGUGGAGAAAAUUUGUGUUCAAGUCCACCUUUGUCGUUCAGUCCCAGUGCUAUUGCUGAGAGAUUAUCAAACAUUAAGGAUUUUGUCAAUGAUGUUUCCAACAUAUAUCUACCAUUCUUCCAAGGCCAGGAAGAUGAAAAAUCAGACCAAGAAAGGGUGGCUGAAACUAUAGAUAUUUUCAAUAGCGUCCUGACUUUGUUCACGAACAAUGGAAUAACAAUUUCUCUUGACAACAUCAUAACAGCAACUUUAACUCUGGUCAACAGCUUAACAUCAACAGGAAUUCAAAAGAAAAUUGAUAAGCUUGAAGGAACUUUAAAUAUUAUGGAUACAUUUCUUGUUGAAUUUUUAACUUCAAUUCUUGAACAAAUAGCAAGUGAAACUGGUUCAAAUUAUAAUUACGUGUCUGAAGUUGCUGCGGGAUUGGUUGAUCCUGUUGAUUAUCCAAUUUCUUGCAUUUUAGAUGAAUUAACUGAUAUCUAUCAAUUCGUAUCAAAUAUAAAGACGGAAAUUGAAAAUAUUGUUAAUGAAACUGUUGAAGAAUUGGAAAAGCAAUUGUAA